AUGUAUGACUAUGAAACUCUGUCGCUGAUUCUUGAUGAAGCUUGCAAGCUUGAGGAGAAUUCCUUCCUUGAUAAGCUACAAUAUGUUAUUGAGUGCUUACCAUCAAUCAGUGCAACAAGACUGGCCUUUCACUCUCUGUUUGGUGAACCUUGGCAUAUUAUUUCUAAAGAACUCGAUGUCAAUAACGUUGACGAAUGGUUACUUCUAUCAAACAUCCUGAAGCUCUCCCCAGACCAAUUGUAUGCAGUUGCCCUUCAAAAUACCAUCAAGGUUUAUGUGUCAUCUUUAGGGGACAGCAAAAAUGCCAAUACUCUCAAGGAGAAGAGUCGAUGUCGAUGGGGUCCUGAUGAAAUAAACAAAGACAUGAUGGACACAGUUAAAAACAUUCUUACAAAAAUUCAAGACUUGGAAUCCACCUCAGCCCUGGCUACCUACAUCAUGAAAGAACUGCCUAUUGGAGCUGAGAAAGUAUUAUCUCUCAAGUUCUGUGUUUCUUUUACGGAUGAAUGGCUUCAGGCAGAAAAAGAGCCCUCAAAUUACAAGAAGGCCAAAACUGCUUACUUCAAAUUUAAGAGUCUGUAUGAGAGAUUAGCCACUGAACAAGUGUUGUUCCUCUACAAACUGGCCACCCCUGAAUUACUUAAUUUGUGCUGUGAACCUGAGAAGUUGAUAACUGAACUCUAUCAGCAUCCAUCGGUUUUGGAUUCUACUUUACCUGAGCAUCUGCGUCCUGAUAUCAACAGCAUGGCAGAACAGAUAGCAUCCAUCCACCAGUUGACCAUUGAAGAUCUGAAGGUCAGUUUAGUCUGUGAAUGGUUAGAAACUAACAAGACCGAAGAUGUUGAUAUGACAAUGACACUUGGUUUUGGUAACAUACAUCUCCUGGAACAUGACAACAAACAACUAGACGGUGACAAUUUUAAACGUGUUGCCUACGUCCUCAGGAGUGGAGACAUAAAGCACAAUAUAGCCUUCCUACUUGGUUACUCUGGAACGCUGAAAAACUCAGUAUCGAUGACAAGUGUGUGCCAACUUCAGGCCCUCCUCUGUAUGUUUGACAUGGCAUCGAUAGAAGAAAUUACCAAAAUCACUUCCAUGACCCUCGAGGAGAUCAGGAGAUUAAUUCAGAAUCAGCUGUACAUUGUCAACCUGGAGAAAUUGAAUAUUGCCAUGACUGCCAAGAGUUUUGAAGACUGCAACAAAGAAAAACUUGCUAAAAGCAUUUGGAAGAAUCACAGUAAUGGCAAAAUGGCUCAAGAAGCAGCUAUUAUAGUUAGUUCCUUGUGCUUUGAUUACAAGAUCUACAGCUUUACUAUGUGGGAAGCUGUUCUUGCCAAAAUGAAGAAUCUAAAUAUGAUGAAAGAACUUGAACAUAUUCUCCUACACAUUAUUGAGAUCCCAUCACUUGAUGUGUUACCAUCGUUGCCUUCAGCCUGGCAAACCAUCAUUGUUUCCAUUUUGAAUAAAUCUUCUGUUAAUACAGAUGAGGAACGAGAUGAAUGCCUACAUGCUUUCAACCUAAUUCAAAGAUGUCCUGAUGUCCUGUCUCUGGACCUUGAUCUACUUGCCAAACACUUCCACCAUUUGGAGCUUCCUGUCUGUGCCAUUUCUUGCCUCCUCAUGUCCGCUGUCGUUAACAACAAAUUACUUCAGAGCAUUCUUUCUAUUGGUGCCGAGAAGCUGUUCAAUUCUUUCCUAUUAACAAGAACCAAAUGUAUUGCUUCUGCUGUAUCUUAUGAGGUCAUGGUGUUAAUUUUCCAGUUAAUAAUGGAAGAAAACUUGAGUCACAUUGUGGAGAAGUCUCCUUACAAAGAUGCAUAUUGUGAAUACGUCCAACAGAAUCAGAACUGUCUGCAGAAUGGCAUAAGUUAUUGAAGGCUUUCUUGAGUGAAGUUUGUCUUGUCUCUCGUCUUUCAACAAGUGUUUGUAUGUUUUGCUAGAACAAGUGUGUUCGUGCAUGUGUAAUGUAUUUCAUAUAAGAACAAGUUAAUGAAAUUGGAUCAAAUUUGAGCCAAAAAUAUCUGGUAGGUGUGUGUGUUUGUAUAUAUGUGUAUAUAUGUCAGUAUCUUUUGUUGAACUGCUCAGUUGGAGGAACAUAAACUAACCAACACCAAUUCUCAGGUGGCAGUGGACUGAGGCACGCACACACACACAUGUGUAUGUAUGAAUAUGUGUGUGUGUGUGUAUGUAUAUAUAUAUAUAUAUAUAUCAGGCUGAGUAAAAAGUAAGCAACGUUUUGAAACAUGAAAUUCUUCACAAUAUAUUUCAACAAUAUGGAAAUUUUAUUCAUCUAAGUAAGUACCAUUACAAUCGACACAUUUUUGCCAACGAGUUACAAGUUUGUUUAUUCCGGUAACAUAAAAAUCUGGAGUUCUGGAAUGCACUUUCAGCAUCAGUUUGAUUUUUGAAUUCCUUCUCUCGCAGGAAACCAUCAAGGUGCUUGAAAAAGUGGUAGUCAGUAGGAGAAAGGUCUAGGGAGUAAGCUAAUAAGCUGGGUGGAGGAGAACUUCAUAGCCAAGUUCCCUAAACUUCUGGAGCGCCAUUAGUGAAACGUGUGGUUGAUCAUUGUCCUGAAGAAUGAUUGGCCCUUUUCUGUUUGGCCAGUCUGGGAUGGAGGAGUAGCAGUUUUUCAUUCAUUUUGGCAAUUCCAUGGCAAUAUGUUUCUGCAGUAGUGGUUUUUCCAGGUUUUAAGAAGUUAUAGUGGAUGAAUCCAGCAGUACACCACCAAACAGUCACCAUAACCUUCUUUUUGAAGAGCUUGGGUUUAGGGAAGGUUUUCGGUGCUUCAUUUUGGUCCAACCACUGCGAAGAAAAUUUUUUAUUAUUGUACAGAAUCCACUUUCCGUUGCAAGUUACAAUACAGUCAAGAAAUGGAUCAGUCUAGUGACAGAGAAGUAACGACAAGCAACUGUAUCUGUACAUUUUCUGAUUUUCAUUCAAAUUAUGUGGUACUCAUUUGUCAAGCUUUUUUGAUUUUUCCAAUCACAUGCAAAUGGUUGCAGGCAAUUUUCUGGCUAACUUGAAGUUCUUUUGCCAGUUCUCGGGCGGCUUUACGUUGAUCUUUCUCAAUGACAGUCUUUAAUUAACUGUCAUCAAAGACAGACGGGCGUCCACUAUGCUCACGGUCUUCAAGGCUCAGGUCUCCCCUGCGGAAUCAUUUAAACCAUUUUUCAGCUGACCACUCACUGGUCAUUUCCUCACGAUACGUUUCAUUGAUAUCGCGAGCAGUUUCAGCCGAUUUACGUCCUUUUUUGAAGUUGAAUAGCAAAAUUGCUCGAAUAUCACACAUUGACAGUUCCAUUUCAGAUGUAACAACGGUGAAAAAAAUAUCAAAGUUAAUUUACUGAUGUAUUUGAGCAAGUCUAUGUCUGUGUUAUCAGACAAUUGCAAAGAAAUGUUUUAAAACAAUUCAAAUAUCCGGUACAAAUUCUUCAUGGUUCAAAACAUUGCUGACUUUUUACUCAACCUAAUAUAUAUAUAGCUUGUUUUUAAUGAAGUAUAUUCUAUAUAAUAUAUUAUAAUGUGUUAUGGUUCCUACAUGUAACUUAACUAUGGACUGAAAUUAGACUCACUCUAUUAUACACACAACAUUUAUAUUACUUUAACUGAUAAACUAAUUAUCUUAUCCCUGUGUCACUCACUAGACUACGGCCAUGCUGGAGUACCAUCUUGAAAGGCUUUGGUCAAAUAGAUCAAUUGCCUAUUGUACUUCUUUGUUUGUUUUUAACAUUGUAUUUAUUCAUUCUGUCAGUUUCUUACGUUGAACUGCUCAGUUAGGGGGAGCAUAAACAAACCAACACCAGUUCUCACAUGGCAGUGGAGUGAGGCACACACGUGUGUAUGCAUGUGUAUAUAUAUAUAAACAUACAUACACACGCAACACACUACAAAAGGCUUUCACACAGUUUUCAUCUAUAAAAUUCGCUCACAUGGCAUUGGUCAGCCCAGGGCUAUAAAAGACGACACUUGUCCAAUAUGUCCCACAGUUGGAUUCUGCCAGCUUGCAUCCAUGAAAGAAUAACAUAAUAUUGCCAUAGUUAGAAGAAUUCCAAAUGGUUCAUCUUCAGGGCUGUGAUGUCAAGGAAGGGAGGGGAAAAGGGCUGAGAGAAGUAUGUGCCCUCAUAUUUGUUUUGUAUCCCUUGUCAAUUAUUCCAAUAGAGAGAAUAUAAAUCCCUUAUCUUUCCUUUCCCUUUUUCUUAUCAUCUCAACCCUGAAGAAUUUCUUUGAAACAUCAGAAAUUCCAUUUUCUGAGGUAAUAUUAUUUCACUUAUGUGUGCAUAAGCAUGUGUAUAUGUAUGUAUGACAUUUUUUCCCCCCUUUCUUUAUAUUCUCAUUACUAUAUCUGCCUGUCAAAACUGAUUCUUGCUUCUGUAUCUGCUUGUCAGUCUCCCUUGGGCUGAAUUGCUUAAAAAAACCUACUUCUUAUUUUCCUUUGAAGAACUGUCAGAGUGAAAACUGGUUGGAAAGUAAUGUAAAAAUAUUUAAUAUAUCUAAAUAAAAUAUAGAAUCUGU